GCCCCGGGACUGCCUGGCUGUGCUCGGCUGCCCUCCCUGGCGCUGGACUGUUCUGCGCAGUCGCAGAACCGAACCAUGGACCUUUUAAUGCAGCAUCUGCCUUUUGUGACAGAGUUACCGAAUCUAUCCUGAAAGAUGGAGGACCUGCUCAGCCUGUUAGAGCGGAGGAUGCCCGAGCCCACGCCGCCUGCGCCGCCCGCGCCCCCCCCGCCAGAAGCGGGAACCGCGGCUCCGAGCCAAGAAACAGUGCGGCCGGCGGCGAAACUGGAAACAGCGCUGCCGCAGGAAAACCCGGAAGCGGCAGCGGCUGCGGAACGGCGGGCAGAGGCGGCGGCGCCGGGCGCAUCCGCAGAGAACAGGCCAGCGGCGGCGCCGGACGCGUCCCUGGACCUUUCCGGACUGCACGGUAACUGAUAGAGCAACAAACUCACGAAGAUAACGGCAGUGGAUCU